CCGGUUUGCAGGUGAUCAGGCAACCUCUGGAUGCAACGUGAUUGGACGCCAGCCGAGUCACAGCUCCUGCAGCCCCAACUGUUGCCGACAACUUCACGUUUGCUCCAUUCCAGCCAGCGUUGGAGCGUCGUUUUUCUCGCCUGCAGUCCCAGUGAAUGAAGGAAUGAACGAUGCCGCCAGAAGACGGGACGGCACCACAGCAAUUUGGCGCCGCCAUGGAUCCAAAUGCGGCCGCGAGGCAAUUCGCUCUGAUCUUGUCAGAAGACGAACUCUGCCAGCAGACUUUCGGGCGCUAUUACCCGUUCCUCGCCUACCCGCCUGAGCGUCCCGUGGUGUUCGUCAAGUUUGGUGGGCCCGAGAAGCAGGCCGAGGCAGACAUGCAAAGGCUGGCCUGGGAAUGGCUGCGCCAGCAACGCGAGAGGGACCCCGGCUGCAACAUCGAUGUUCCCGAAGUCUUCAAGGUCUUCAGCAGAGACAAUGCCACUUUCAUCAUCAUGGAGCUUCUCGCGGCCACCCAGGUCAAAGAUUUGGCCAAAACAUUCGAUCCUAUCACCUGGAAGCAGAACAAGGCUCAGUACUACGACAUGAUCACGGAGGGAAUCCGUUUGCUGAGCCUCAUACCGGUCCCACCGGACGCGACUCCUGGCCCAUACAGCCGCGACAAACACCGCAUCAAACACAUACUCUUCAGAGACCAAGAAGCCCCACACAUCUACAACACCGUUCAGGAUUUGGAAGACCACUUGAACAGGAUUGCAGUAGUGGCGUACCAGCAUCUGCCUGGCCCGCCUCCCAAAGUCGCUCUCGAGAAGGAGCUCGUUUACUGUUACACCGAUUUCAACGACGAAAACUUCAUGUUCACCACUGACCCCGACGGCCGCCCUCGUCUCUACAUUAUUGACUUCGAACACGCCUCGUUUCUACCACUCAGCUUCCUCUCCUACGCUGUGCUGGGACGCAAACCCCGCUUCUCCACGGGCAAGUGGAUCCGAGAGAAGCUGGGCCCCUCUCUGCCGCAGAACAAUAUUGAGGUCAUGCAGAGAAUAGAUUAUCUCUUCCAAAUAGGCCUCGAGGACUGAAAGCUGGAGCUGAGUGGGCCCAUGCAGGAUGCAGAGA